GGGGGGAUUUACUGGACGACUUUAAAGGUUAAAGGUUUAAAGGGUGCCUGUAACUUUGGGAAUCUGAGACUUUAUUUCUACAUUAAUGACAUUUGAACAAAAAUAGCAUCAAAGAAAAGUUUUUGGGGUUUUUUUUUGUACCUGCUGAGACGACUUGAGGAUGCCGAAUUCAACCAUCAACUUCUACACCCGGUCGCAGUCCUUUAGCUUCUCUGAUAUUAUUGUCAUUGCAACUUAUUUUCUCCUGAACCUAGCUGUGGGUAUAUGGUCAUCAUGCAGGGUGAGCAGGAACACUCUGAGUGGAUAUUUCUUGGCUGGAAGGGACAUGGCCUGGUGGCCGAUUGGCUCGUCUCUUUUUGCCAGCUCAGAGGGCUCGGGUCUGUUCAUCGGCCUGGCGGGGACUGGGGCCGCUGGUGGCAUUGCUGUCGCCGGGUUUGAAUGGAACGCAACCUAUGCGCUGCUGGCGCUCGCUUGGAUCUUUGUGCCUGUCUACAUCUCCUCAGGGAUUGUCACAAUGCCGGAGUAUCUGGGGCGCCGUUUUGGAGGAGAGAGGAUCCGAACUUACCUGGCUGUACUCUCACUCCUGCUGUCGAUCUUCACUAAAAUAUCGACUGACUUGUAUUCUGGAGCCCUGUUUGUCCAGGUCUGCCUGGGCUGGAACCUCUACCUGUCCACUGUCCUCAUGCUGGUGGUCACUGCGCUCUACACCAUUGCAGGUGGACUGGCUGCUGUCAUCUACACAGACACUUUACAGACGUUUAUUAUGAUCAUCGGUGCAAUCAUCCUGACAAUUACUGCUUUCAACAAGAUCGGUGGCUACAGCAACCUGGAGCAGGUUUACAGCAUAGCGAUACCCAGUAAAAUUAUCCCUAACAGUACCUGCCACCUGCCACGUGCUGAUGCCAUGCACCUGUUCAGAGACGCCGUCACCGGAGACCUGCCCUGGCCUGGCAUGACUCUGGGGCUCACCAUAAUUGCCACCUGGUAUUGGUGCACAGAUCAGGUCAUUGUACAACGGUCCUUGUCAGCUAAGAACAUGAGUCACGUCAAAGGAGCUUCAAUCUUUGCCGCCUAUCUGAAGUUGCUGCCCUUCAUCUUCAUCAUCCUUCCGGGCAUGAUUAGCCGAGCCCUCUAUCCAGACACUGUCGGAUGUGUGGAUCCAGAGGAGUGUGUGCGGGUGUGUGGAGCUGAGGUUGGAUGUUCCAACAUUGCCUUCCCCAAACUGGUCAUUGAGCUGAUGCCAAGUGGCUUGAGGGGGCUUAUGAUAGCUGUGAUGAUGGCAGCUUUGAUGUCGUCACUGACCUCCAUCUUCAACAGCAGCUCCACACUCUUUACAAUGGACAUCUGGAAAAAACACCGGCCAAGAGCCUCUGAGAGGGAGCUGCUGUUGGUCGGCAGAAUUGUAACAGUGAUCCUGGUGAUGGUGAGUGUGGUGUGGAUCCCCAUCCUGCAAUCAGCCAAUAGUGGCCAGCUCUACGUCUACAUCCAAUCAGUGACGAGUUACCUGGCCCCUCCGGUCACAGCCGUCUUCACUCUGGCAGUCUUUUGGAAGAGGACCAAUGAGCAAGGUGCAUUCUGGGGCUUGAUGGUUGGUUUGGUGGUAGGUGUGUGCAGGAUGGUGUUGGAGUUCGCCUUCCCUCCUCCCAGAUGUGGCGUUGUGGACUCAGCUCCCAUGGUGUUGCGCAGCGUUCACUACCUCCACUUCGCCAUUCUGCUCUGCGGACUCACUGCUAUCGUGGUAGCAGUUGUGUCACUUCUCACACCGCCGCCUAGCCACGAACAGGUGCGUAACCUGACCUGGUGGACAAUAACUGAGGAGCCAGAAGGAGAGAUUCCCCUCCAGAAAGUCUCUGCCGUCCACCACCGUAACACACAUGCAGGAGGAAGGGGAUCUGAGCAGAGCCAUCGUGGGAUGUGUGGACAGGGGGCGGCAUUGUGCAUCUCAGCUAUUCGGUGCUCAGAACAGGCUCCCACUGCCAGAGUUCCCACCAUCCGUGAGAGCGUGUUCUGGUCCAGGUUCUGUUGUGGCAACGCUCUCCUCUUGAUCAGCAUUAAUAUUUUCCUGUAUGCUUACUUUGCCUGAAUUGGGGUUUUAAUGCCGCACCACACUAUAGCUCCAGCAGAACACUUGCUGCAAUUUAAAGAAAGCUGGAUGAGGUUAUUUACAAUAUUUUUUUUGUUUUGUUUAGGAUUUCAGUUGUUAGAUGCCAGGCUGCUACAGCACAGUGUUAAAAAUUAAACCAACUCAGUCCCUUUAUUGUGUGCUUGGAGCCAACCAGACUUUUUCUAUAAACCUUCAUUGGUCUUGAUCCCCUGUUCCCUUCAAUUUCCUAAGUUUCCAGUUCUAUACUUGUCUCUAACUUCCAAAGAAGAUUAUUUAAGUGCAACAAUAAGAAGACAAGUGGAAGAUAAAGGUUGUCUGCAGCUAAUGAACUGUUGUUGAAAGUUAUGUAUCUAACAAGCAUUAAAUAAAUCCAGCAGAGGCCUGUGGAAAAAGAUAACUACUUGAUCUGACUUUACAAGAUAAAAGGACAAACUGGGUCACUUUUGCAAAGCAAAAAUUAAAAGUUAUAGGAUUUGUUCACAAUAUGAUAGUUUUAUUUAAUUAGAUAAUUUACUUUGAUUUCAAUGCCUAUUU